UCGGCUCUCCGACGCGGAGCAUAUAAAUAUUGCCAUAGGGACAAUCCAGAGCUCACUCGCAGUUCUGCAGUACAGAGGCUGACACAGUGCCCGAUUUUAAAUUCUAGUGCUAACGGAAGACCCAGCAAAUCUCCAAAAUGUGUGACGAUGAGGUUGCGGCUUUAGUGGUGGACAAUGGCUCCGGAAUGUGCAAGGCUGGUUUCGCUGGAGAUGACGCUCCACGCGCCGUCUUCCCAUCCAUUGUCGGUCGCCCAAGGCAUCAGGGAGUGAUGGUCGGCAUGGGUCAGAAGGACUCCUAUGUGGGAGACGAGGCCCAGAGCAAGAGAGGUAUCCUCACCCUGAAGUACCCCAUUGAGCACGGUAUCAUCACCAACUGGGAUGAUAUGGAGAAGAUCUGGCACCACACCUUCUACAAUGAACUGCGCGUCGCCCCCGAGGAACACCCCGUGCUCCUCACAGAGGCCCCACUCAACCCAAAGGCCAACAGAGAGAAGAUGACCCAGAUCAUGUUUGAGACGUUCAACGCCCCAGCCAUGUAUGUUGCCAUCCAGGCCGUGCUCUCCCUGUACGCCUCCGGUCGUACCACCGGUAUCGUGCUGGACUCCGGCGAUGGUGUCUCCCACACCGUCCCCAUCUACGAGGGUUACGCCCUUCCCCAUGCCAUCCUCCGUCUUGACUUGGCCGGUCGCGAUCUCACUGACUACCUCAUGAAGAUCCUCACUGAGCGCGGCUACUCAUUCACCACCACGGCUGAGCGGGAAAUCGUGCGUGACAUCAAGGAGAAGCUGUGCUAUGUCGCCCUGGACUUCGAGCAGGAGAUGGCCACCGCCGCCGCCAGCACGUCCCUGGAGAAGAGCUACGAGCUCCCUGACGGUCAGGUCAUCACCAUCGGCAAUGAGCGCUUCCGUUGCCCCGAGUCUCUCUUCCAGCCUUCCUUCCUGGGUAUGGAAUCCUGCGGUAUCCACGAGACCGUGUACAACAGCAUCAUGAAGUGCGAUGUGGACAUCAGGAAGGACCUGUACGCCAACAUUGUCAUGUCCGGCGGCACCACCAUGUACCCCGGUAUUGCCGAUCGCAUGCAGAAGGAGAUCACCGCCCUGGCCCCAUCCACCAUCAAGAUCAAGAUCAUCGCUCCCCCAGAGCGCAAGUACUCCGUCUGGAUCGGUGGCUCCAUCCUGGCCUCCCUGUCCACCUUCCAGCAGAUGUGGAUCUCCAAGCAGGAAUACGACGAGUCCGGCCCUGGCAUCGUCCACCGCAAGUGCUUCUAAGCUCAGCGCCCCCCAGACACCGAGCAGGAAGAGAGAGGAGGGAAGGAGUUUAAGAUCGCGCGGAUAGGAAGAUUCAUCUAUUUAUUUUUCUAUUUCUAAUAAGUUACAACACCCGUUUUACCACCCAAAACUAAAGAUUACCUCCCACAACCACCAUCCCGUGGGCACGACGUCAUCCUUCAAAGACUGCAUUUCAACACCAUCAAGUCAAAGAAUGUCUAAUCUUGAAGAACAUCAAUCAGAAUAAAAAAGAAAGGAGAAAAAUUUGAUCAUGUGAUUGGUAUUAUGUAAAAAAACAAAGAAUGAAUUGAAAUAAUAACGAAAAACAAAGAAUA